AAAUGUCGGCCAUUGUCGAUUGCAGGAAAACGCGUCCUAACCACACCGACCGGGAAAUGCGAAUUGCGUAUGUUUAUGUCGUGUAUUUACUGUAAUUGUCAUUACCAGUCCGUACUCGACUAUUACCACAUCACAUACAACCAUGAGCUGGGAAAUCAGUGAAUACAUGAAUAUGUGCCGUGCUUGUAUGAAAACCGACGGUAUACUGCUGUCGAUGUAUGACAACAAUGAAAUCAAGGGCAUGAAUCUGCCGGAUAAGCUAAUGGAACUAACGUCUAUCAAAAUUCACAGGUUUGAUGGAUUACCCAAUAAGCUCUGCUGUAAGUGUGCUUAUCGUAUUCAUGCCUCAUAUGAUUUCAAGCAGCAAGUACAAGAAACAUACAGGAAACUCUUAAAGAUGUUUGAAAAACAAAAACAUAAGCUUAAGAAAGAACUAUCAGAUGAAGAAGAUAAUAUAGAUAUUCCUACGCAAAUAAAUAAACCCUUGGAAUUUAUAUUACCGCAUGAUUCUAGUAUCGAUAUUUCAGAGAAUUUGACAACUGAGAUAAAAGAUACAAAUGAGGACAAGCAAGAAAUUAUGACCAAUGUUUCUUAUUUACUCGGGAACUAUGAUGACGACAAGGAAAAUAGUUUAAGUUGGGAUGAUGUUCUAUCUAAUUUAGAGUGCAGAAAAGAAACUAGAAUGGAAUAUACAGAUUCUAUAUGUUCUGUAAAAACCGAGGUACCAGAGGAUAUUACAAAGAUCUUCAAUCCGCAGCAGUAUACUUUAAUGUACAUACCAAAAUCUAUGGUCAAUGAUAUUUCCACCACAGAAAUUACGAUAUCUGAUAUAGAUCAAGAAAAAAUCGAGGACAAUGACGACACACUUAUAACUGCUAUAAAAAUAUUAGAUAAACAGGAGGAGAAUAUCGAAGAGAUUCCACACGACAUAUGCCCUUCCAGCUCAGUGAAAUUUAAAACAGACACGAGAGAGAAAUAUACUAUAGCAGAUCAGAAUGAUGAUUCGAUAGGAAACAAGGAAAUGAGCGAAGGAGAAAAUAAUUCGAACAUUGAACAGUCGUUGCUGAGAACGGAGAACACCGAUGAAUCUGACUCCGAUUACUUUAUCGAUCCUAAGGACAACGUAUUGGGUAGUCUGAACGACACGAUAACGCGAAUAAAAGAGUUGAAGCAAGGAAACGAGACUAUAUACCAAUGUGCGUUGUGUUUGCAGAAUUACGAACAUCUAAUAGGUGCAUUGCUGCAUAUCGUCGACAAUCACGUUCCAAGUAGCGGGCCUUUCUUUUGCGUAGUAUGCGAGAAAGACUGUGACAGCCACCGAGAAUUGCGAGCGCACGCGAAAACACACACUGGUCGAAUGCCAUACACGUGCUUCUUAUGCAGUAAGGCAUAUACCAGAAAGCGUUAUCUCAAACGACACAUGGUGUGCCAUGCAGACUUGCCGCGCUACCGAUGCCCGAAAUGCGGAGUUCGCUUUGCCGUGAAGACAGAUUUGGAGACUCACGUCAGAACGCAUGUACACGGCACACCUUUCUCCUGCAGCCAAUGCUCGCGUACAUUUAAUCACAAAGGCAAUUACAAGCGCCACUUGAUCAGUCAUUUGGAUCCAGAGGGUCGUCAUCUGCCUAAAUACCCGUGCAAAGUCUGUGGCAAGCGAUUUCUUAACAAUCGGACACUGAUUACACACAUACGUGUUCAUACCGGUGAGAGGCCGUACUCGUGCGAAGUUUGUGGGAAAUCAUUUUCACAGCAAGGCAAUUUGCUAAAUCACGCGAGGAUACAUUCUAAUCCACGUAGCUACUCAUGCGAUGUUUGUAACAAAAGUUUCAACCAGCGUGCCACGCUAAAGGAUCACCGGCUACUGCAUACAGGCGAAAAACCUCAUGUGUGUAACGUAUGUGGAGUCGCAUUUACGUUUAGCGCCGCAUUACGGAGGCAUAUGUGGUCUCAUACGAAUAAGAAGCCAUUCAGAUGCGAUGUAUGCCAAGCGCAAUUUGUUGGUAAAUACGACCUACGACGACACAUGCAGGUUCACACCGAACGGCCAAAAGUGAGACGAAAGAGAAACACCACAACGAAAUCGAACGAUCUUCUUCAAGAGCAGUUUCAAGAAGAAGAUUCUAUCGUAAUCGUUGAGCCAGAUACUGAAACUGUACUUAUAGAUCAAGUGCUUUUGCCAGAAGAUGUUACGGAAGUCGCGCAUCAGGUCGAGUCAGAAAAAGAGAACGUUGAUGCUUUGUUCAAUUUUAUACAAUACGAUUGAUAAUAUGUUUGCGAUAAAACGUUUCAGAUCAUCCACUAUUUGCCGAUUAAAAAAAAUUAAGAUUGGUUGAUUCGUGUCUUCUAUCGGGUUUCAUAUUGAUCUGUUUUCCAUACGAAUCAUAUCUUAAGUAGCAGCAAUAUAAUUGUAAAUCUACAUCAAACUACAUCAGUCUUUAUAAUUA